GCAAGUUGUGACAUAUAAUAAGAUUACAUAUCCGACGGCCUUUGAAAAUCCAAAUGAGAAUCGCUGUCGACUAGGUAACCGGCAUUCGGUUUUAUUUUUGUUUUAUUUAGAAAAACCGUCAAGUCUGCAAAAUCUGUUUGUCGUAUGUUGGAAAAGGUAGAUUCGAGACUAAUCAAAAUUUUUAUUGUGAAAUGUGUGCCUAUUGAGCGUCGCGGAGAUGUUUGCUCUACGAAAUCACCGAGGUCUAGUGAGGAGAGUUUCACAUCUGCUUGAAGCUAUCAACAAAAAUAACACCACGACAAAGAGGCGUUACUGUGCACCAGAUUGCUCACUCGAAUGCGAAAAAAAAGGAAUAAUUCUGGGUGUAUACCAAGGGGAUCAAGAUCAGCCAAUUCUAUCUCCUGCCGCAGCAAGAUACAAUGAUAAGGUAGAUGGAAAAAUUUUGGAACUUGUUAAAUCUACUGGUCCGUUAGCGGAGGGCAUGGGAAGAGCGUUCAAUAAUGUGGACAAUGAGUUUUGGGCUGUUGCUGUGGUAGGUCUUGGACCUGAAAACAGAGGUUACAAUGAGUUGGAAGCCAUCGAUGAAGGAAUGGAAGCAGUUCGAAAAGCUGCGGCUAAAGGUGCUGUUCUGUUGAAGUUUCAAGGAUGUACUCGGGUGUUGGUCGAAGGAUUCGGUUUCCCCGAGCAAGCAGCCGAAGGAACGGCUUUGGCUCUCUGGCAAUACCAAGAAAACAAGAUGAAAGAGAAUUGGAAAGUGAUACCAACGAUUGAACUUCACGAUGAUGGAGACAUGGAAAGUUUCCAGCGAGGAUUGUUCAAAGCCGAAUCGCAAAAUUUGGCACGCAGAUUAAGCGAUACUCCGGCAAAUUUAAUGACCCCCUUGCAUUUCGCACAAGAGUGUGUAAAUGAACUGUGCCCUUGCGGUAUUAAGGUGGAAGUCCAUGAUAGGGAUUGGAUUGAGCAUACAAAGAUGAAUGCUUUCAUGGCUGUGGCGAGAGGUUCUUGCGAGCCUCCUAUUCUAUUGACAAUGUCUUAUUGCGGAGGACCGCAAGAUCUUAAACCCAUUUUAAUUGUAGGAAAAGGAAUUACUUUUGAUAGCGGCGGUAUUUGCAUCAAGAAAAAGUUUGGCAUGGCUCGUUAUAGAGGCGACCUGACUGGAGCAGCUUCAAUCGUUGGCGCAAUCCGGUCAGUUUCAGCUUUAAGUUUACCUAUUAACAUAAAUGUAGUUAUACCUUUGUGCGAGAACAUGCCCAGUGGUAUGGCGAUGAAAUGCGGAGAUGUAGUUAUGGGGAUGAAUGGGAAAUCUAUAAUGAUUACCGAUACUGACAACGAAGGUCGACUAUGUUUAGCUGAUGCUAUAAUAUAUGGCAUGAAAACGUAUAAACCAAGACUGGUUAUUGACAUAGCAAGUUUAACACCAGGUAUUGGAUCUGCACUUGGUGGUGGACCAAGCGGCGUUUAUUGUAAUUCCCAAACUAUGUGGUCCCAAGUUCGUAAAGCAGGAAUAAUAACAGGCGACAGAGUCUGGAGGAUGCCUCUAUGGAAGUUCUAUACCAAGAAAGUGACUGAUUUCCCAUCGCACGACGUUGAUAACAAGGGCAAAGGAAAGGGAGAUUCGUGUUUAGCAGCUGCUUUCCUUCAAGAGUUCAUCCAUUGCGUUGAUUGGAUUCAUUUCGAUACAACUGGCGUUGGAAUGUUGGCCGAAGAUAAAGUUGUCCCGUAUUAUACUAAAGGAAGGAUGACAGGAAGACCGACUCGAACACUCACACAACUUCUUUAUCAAUUGUCAUGUCCAGCAGAAGGCGCGCGCGAAUUGAAGUAAAUCGUUCAAUGCAAAGAACCCAUUGAAGUAUGUAAACAGCACAACUAUGAAUCACCCUUCUUUUCUUUUUUGAUAACCAAUUUUCCCUUGACACUCAGCCACCCUUUUUCGGAACCGCCGGGCAUUGGUAUUCCAAUCUUCUAAGCCCCUCAAAUUUAUAUAAGUGAUACUUUUUUUCAUAUGGGACUUCCUUUUUUAUUUAGUGGGUUAUACGACUUGUUAAUCUCUGCAACCUGGUCAGUUGCUAAAAAUCUUCGCGAUAGAAUUCAAAAAAUACAAUAAAUAUUGAAAAGAUAACAAAAAUAUGCAACAAAAACUAAAAAACGUAAAACAGAUACAUCUAAAAAUGAUGGAACACUUCAACACGCUCACGACAGAAACUACAACUUGCACAUUUCAUGGUUGGACGCAUGCAUACACAACGAAAAUAUGAGGGAUUCAAUUUCAAAGUGGGUUAUUUAAAAUUGAUUGAUUUUUUUU